AUGUCGGCGAAACGCCUCCAGAGCAAGCUCUUCGGCACCCACGCUUCGCCGACGCUCCAGGGCGAAGACGACCGCAGUGGUGCCAGCACCCCCGUCCCGCCUGGCGUUGCGACACCGACCGAGCUGAAGAUCGACAUUCCCCCUCCCGGCAGCUCAACCGCUGGAAAGGUCGGAAAGGACUUGUCUGCUCUUCCUCGCAUUGCGCAUGACACCAGCGAGAGUCGCGAUAGAUGGCUCUGCCUUGAUCCGAUAUGCAGCUGCGUAGUCUCUACAUCCGAAGCUGACCCUCCCAGCCUUCCCAAGCGCGCGAGUGCCCCCAAGGACGACGAGAAGACGCCGCCUGCGGAGCGUGGAGCUUCCCCGCGCCCCACCUCGGGCAGCGACCCAGCCACGCCGAGGGAGAGGAAGCCCCUCCGUGACCGCCUGCUAGACUCGCUUGGCUCGCGCUACCGCUCUGUCGAGGCGUACCGCCUGGAGCAGUCCGACAAGUACGAGGUGCAUUGGAAGCGAUGGGGUCCCUACCUGUCCGAGAGGCAGUGGGGAACCGUCCGCGAGGACUACAGCGCGAACGGUGAUGCCUGGAACUCAUUCCCCUUCUCCAUGUCCAAGUCGCGCGCGUACCGCUGGGGUGAGGACGGUAUCGCGGGUAUCUCGGACAACCACCAGCGGCUGUGUUUCUCGCUUGCGCUGUGGAACGGCAAAGACGACAUCCUCAAGGAGCGUCUGUACGGCCUCACGGGCGAGCAGGGCAACCACGGCGAGGACGUCAAGGAGAUCUACUACUACCUCGACUCGUCGCCGACGCACUCGUACAUGAAGACGCUGUACAAGUACCCGCAGGCCAAGUUCCCGUAUGAGAAGCUGCUCGAGGAGAACCGCAACCGCUCGCGCGAGGUUAGCGAGUAUGAGAUCAUCGACACGGGCGUCUUUGACGAGGACCGCUACUGGGACGUGUUCACCGAGUACGCCAAGGACGAGGAAGACCCGAAUUCGAUCUCGGUCCGUAUCACGGCGUACAACCGUGGCCCCGACCCCGCCGACCUGCACAUUCUUCCCCAGCUCUUCUUCCGCAACACCUGGAGCUGGCCGAAGGAGCUCCCCGAGAACAUGCCGAACAUGCGUGAGGUCGCUGAGGGUGUCAUUGAGGCCGACCACGAGUCGCUCGGCACCACCCGCCUGUACUGCAUGCCCUCGCCCGCGCCGGCUGCGCCAACCAAGGGUGGCGUUGUCCUCGUCGACGGCCCGAGCGUCGUUCCCGACCUGCUGUUCACGGAGAACGAGACGAACUACGAGCGCCUCUACGGCGGCCACAACAGGACGCCGUUCAAUAAGGACGCGUUCCACGACUACAUCAUUCCCUGGCACCGUCCCGAGGUAAAGUCGGAGAAGAAGGAGAACGAGGACGGCGAGAAGAUCGAAACCGAGGAGGUCAAGCGCUACCCCGCCAAUCACUUUGUGAACCCGGCGCACCGCGGAACCAAGGCGGCCGCGCACUACUCGUUCAAGAAUGUGCCGGGCAAGGGCGGCUGCGUCGUUGUGCGCCUCAAGCUCACGCCCAACUCGCCCGCCGAGGACCCCGCGAUCCUGGACGAGGAGCUGUUUGACGACACGAUCGAGGACCGCCGCCUCGACUGCGACGAGUUCUACUCGCACCUCGGCCGCGGACCGCUGAACGAGGACCUGCGCAGCAUCAUGCGCCAGGCACUCGCUGGUAUGCUGUGGACGAAGCAGUACUACCAGUACAUCCAGAAGGAGUGGAUUGAGGGCGACCCCGGGCAGCCGCCUCCCCCGCCUGAGCGCAGGCGCGUCCGCAACGCCGACUGGCGCCACCUGUACAUCAACGACAUUCUGUCGAUGCCCGAUAAGUGGGAGUACCCCUGGUUCGCGACGUGGGACACUGCCUUCCACUGUAUCCCUCUCGCGAUGGUCGACCCCGGAUUCGCCAAGAAGCAGCUCGACCUGCUCACGCGCGAGUGGUACAUGAAGCCCGACGGCGCACUUCCGGCGUACGAGUGGAACUUCUCCGACGUCAACCCGCCCGUGCACGCUUGGGCCACGUUCCGUGUGUUCAAGAUUGAGCGUCAGUGGCACGGCGUCGAAGACCUCAACUUCCUCGAGCGUGUCUUCCAGAAGCUCCUCAUCAACUUUACGUGGUGGGUCAACCGCAAGGAUGCGGAUGGCAACAAUGUCUUCGAGGGCGGCUUCCUUGGUCUCGACAACAUUGGUCCGUUCAACCGAUCCGAGCCCCUGCCCGGAGGUGGCGUGCUCCGCCAGGCCGACGGUACUAGCUGGAUGGGCUUCUACUGCCUGAACAUGCUCAGCAUCGCCCUCGAGCUCGCCAAGCACAACCCGACGUACGAGGACAUUGCGUCCAAGUUCUUCGAGCACUUCCUCUACAUCGCCGAUGCAAUGACAUACCCGGCCAGCGACGACCAGCAGCUCUCGCUCUGGAACGACGAGGACGGCUUCUACUACGACGCCAUUCAGUGGGGCUACGGCCACGCGGAGCAGAUUCGCGUUCGCUCCAUGGUCGGUCUCAUGCCGCUCUACGCGACGCUUGUUCUUGAGCCGCAGGUCCUGAACCGCUUCCCCGGAUUCCGCAAGCGUCUCGACUGGUUCGUCGAGAACCGUCCCGACAUUAGCCAGCGCAACAUUGCCUCGCUGAAGAAGCGUGGUAAGGGCGACCGUCUCCUGCUCGCAUUCGCGGACAAGGAGCGUCUCAAGCGUAUCCUCGAGAAGAUGCUGGCUGAGGACGAGUUCCUGUCCGAGUUCGGUAUCCGCUCCCUCAGCUACUACCACCACGACCACACGUUCAACAUGCGCGUCGAUGGCCAGGACUUUGGCGUCGAGUACUGGCCCGGCGACUCGAAGAGCGGCAUGUUUGGUGGAAACUCCAACUGGCGAGGACCUAUCUGGCUCGCUGUCAACUUCCUGCUCAUCGAAAGCUUGCAGCGAUUCCACCAGUACUACGGCGACUCGUUCCAAGUCGAGUGCCCUGUCGGAUCGGGAGACCACCGUAUCAUCCACAUCUUCAGUCGCGACGAGGCGGGUCGCCGUGCCGUGAACGGAGGUAACCCCAAGUUCAACAAGGACCCGUACUUCCGCGACUACUUCUUCCACGGCAACGACGGACGCGGUCUCGGCGCCAGCCAUCAGACGGGCUGGACUGGACUCGUCGCCUGGUCAAUCCACAAGACCGGAGAGUUCUGCCGUCUCCCGAAGACGCCCAAGACGCCGCGAUCACGUGAGUUACCCAUGCUUUCUCACAAACUGACAACAGUCGCUCGCCACUACUUCGACGACCAGAUCAACACGCCGAGCGUCGAUGGCUCGCUCUACUCGGCGUACACGGACGCGUCGACGUGGGACGAGCCCGAGCCCGACGAGCUCUAA